UUGCAAAAAUAAAAUACAGAAUUUGUAAAAUACCAAUGUCUUAAGGCACCCUUCCAAGCAGAGAGGUCUACUUUUUUUCUAUAUAUUACUCUAUUUGCAAUGGAGCCUUUCUGGUUUUGUUAACAAUGGAUUUCCUUUACUUAGUGAAGUGAACUGUCAGCCAAGGUGAGGUGAAGAAUGGCUGAGAUAAAGGCAUUGGCAAGCAGCAAUCACUUUACCCUUUUCAAAGGGCACAGCUACCUGCUAGGGCUGGAACCAGGAAAAGAAUCACACUCAGGGAUUCAGAUCUGAAUAUUUACACAGUAUCAACUAAGUCCAUGCCUAGACUUACACUGCUAUUAUUCCCAAUAAUUUUGUUGUACAUCCAUUUUAACUCCUAUAUUCACCUGUAUUAUUUUCAGAGAAACUUCAAAUUACCGUAAUUUUUUUUUUUUUUUUCGUACUUUUAGGGCUGCACCUAUAGCAUAUGAAAGUUCUCAGGCUAGGGGUUGAAUCAGAGCUAUAGCUGUCCAGCCUAUGACAAAGCCAUAGCACACAGGAUCUGAGCUGCAUCUAUGACCUACACCACAGCUCACGGCAACACCGGAUCCUUAAUCCACUGAGGGACACCAGGGAUUGAACCUGAAUCCUCAUGGGUACUAGUCAGGUUCUUAACUUACUGAGCCACAACAGGAACUCCUAUAUUUACGGUGUUGAUGCAAAUGUGUGGAUCACAAUUGGGGAUGGGCUGUUAUGACUCGGCUUGAAGUUAAACAGAUGAUCCAGACCCACCUGAUUUUGAGCAAAGGAACAGUAGAGUCAAUAUGACACACCUAAAAGUUUGCAUUUAGCUUACAGCAGGGUGGUAGCUCCUUUCCAAAUAUGUUUCCCUUCCUCAACACCCUCCUGCCUCACAGUGAGCCUCAUCUUCUAGUAUUCAUGCCUUGCUUGAUUCCCUCCCCUUGAAUAUUGAAUGGUCCUGUGCUUGCUAUUGACCAACAGAAUGCCAGAAGAAUAAUGCUACAUAACUUUCAAGGCUAGCUUCUGCCUUGUGGCUUCUGCCUUGUACUCUUAUAAAGGUGACUCUGAUGAAAUUCAGAUCAACUUGCAGGGGCAAGAGCACUGAUUUGCUGAUGGAAACAAAAACCACUGACUUAGACUGACUUAUUAAAUUUGUAAAAGUGGGGAUUUAGAAUCCUACACUUGUCUGUGGAACAGAUGGUGCCCUCUGAGAGUCUUCUUGGAAUUAAAGUGGUCAUGUUAUAUAAAGUAAACUUGACAUAGAUCUCACCCAGAAGAGCUUAAAUGGAUGAGCUCGCACUCAUGGAUGUUUGAUAUGAGCCAGAGGCUACACACAGUAUUACUCAUGGAUGUUUGAUAUGAGGCAGAGAUUACACACAAUAUUACUUAUUUUUGAUGCUGUUUUGCUAUUAAAUGGAACUGGUGUUUGGCUCAGGUAUGCCCAGCUAAAUAUAGGAAACUCCUCCUGGAUCUUAUCAAACCUUCUUAAAAUAUAUAUCACAAGAUCUUGUGGGAAGUAUCAUCGCUUUUAUCAGAAUUAGCCAGAGAAAUUCUAAAGUGGCCCAAACUCCACAGAGUCCAGAGUUUACUGUUCUUUGAAUAAAGCUAGCAUCUAAUUCAAUGAAGCAUCCACCACUAGGUGAUCUGAAAAAGUAGGUACCAGAAUGAUCCAGAUGAUCAUUCUAUCCACCUAGGCGAAGAGAUGUGUAACCUAUGUUCUUCUUGUAGGGACUAAGGUUUUCUCCAAACAUUUCCAAAGUCUCCAAACCAAAGAUUACCUAUGAACCACAAAAGGGAAAACAGACUCUACUAGAAAAAUCUGGAGGUCAUGUCAGAUUUAAGUGCUCUCUGAUACCAGGACAACCUAAUAUUGUGCACAUAAUAUUAGUUAAUAUUAUUUAUUAGCAGUUAAUAUUACAUUUUUCCCAAUGAGAAACAAUAAGAAGAGCACCUGGUAAAGUGUGCCACCCUAGAAGGAUUCUUGCCAUCUAAUCAAACCCCUCAAACUUCCUUCUAGCUUACAGAAAAUAUGGAAUCUAGAGAAAAAGUCAAAUGACAUCAGGAGGAAAACAUGGUCAGACAAACUGAGAAGGUAGAACCCUCUGCCAGAUAACCGGCCUAGACUCUUCAAAAAGUUAAUACCAUGAAAAUAAAACAGGUGGAGAACUGUUCUUAAUUAAAAGAGACAAACAUAACAACAAAAGCAAUACAUGAAUCGUCAUUGGACUAUCUUUCUACAAACCAAUAUAAAAGACUUUCUUUGACAACUGGAGAAAUUUGCAUAUGGGCUAGAUAUGAAGUGAUAUCAAACAACUGUUUCUUUUUUUUUUUUUUUUUUUUUUUUUUUAGUCUUUUUGUUUUUUUUUUUUUUUUUUUUUUGUUGUUGUUGUUGCUAUCUCUUGGGCCGCUUCCGCGGCAUGUGGAGGUUCCCAGGCUAGGGGCUGAAUCGGAGCUGUAGCCACCGGCCUACGCCAGAGCCACAGCAACGCGGGAUCCGAGCCGCGUCUGCAACCUACACCACAGCUCACGGCAACGCCGGAUCGUUAACCCACUGAGCAAGGGCAGGGACCGAACCCGCGACCUCAUGGUUCCUAGUCGGAUUCGUUAACCACUGCGCCACGACGGAAACUCCAAACAACUGUUUCUUAUAGUAAUUUAGUUUCUUAUAGGAGAAUGUCAUUGUCUUUAGGAAGAAGAGAAUGAAAGCAGUUACAGCAAAACGUUAGAAAGUUAAUCUUAUUCAUUCUUGGAGGAAUGUAUAUGAGUGUCGACUGAACUAUUCUUUCAACACGUCACACCACACCGUGAUGCUGCCACCAAACUGUUCACUGUGCCACAGACAAGAGAAUCAGUUUUCAGAUGGCACUAUUUCAGGGACGCCAAAGUAAGGAGAAGUAAUAUUAUCUGGAUUAAUUCAACAACCUCCACCCAGAGACCGGUACAACCAGAACCCACACAGCAACACCCAGCUCCCACGCCUACAAGCGUCUCCAGUCUUCCCAAGGAGCAACAGUUGGUGACCACUCAGACCUUUGAAUUCUUCAGGCCAAAGUGCGACUCCCAGGAUUCCUGCUGGUUCCCCAGACCACUGUAACCCCGACGUAUCCCCACCCUCCAUUUUCCAUUGAUUCUAGAAGGGGAACACGCCUGUUUCCUUCGAGAGCAAAGAACUUCCCAAGGUUUCUACGGCUCUUCCUAGCUCAGUUAGGAUUUCAGUAAGUAGAUCCCUCCAGGGCUGCCUCGAGGCCGGGCAUUUACACAACUUGAAUACAGGACUAGCAAGGCAAAGAAACCCUUACCGCGGUCAGCCACUACGUGGCUCACAUGUAAAAUGCCUACCUACUACCCUGAAGCUUGGAAUGCAAGGUGGUGGCGAGGAGUCACACGGCGCGCAGAAGGGCGGGCGGAGCGAGGCACCCUCCCGAGGGACUCAGGGUCCACGCCUGCGAGCGUGUGAGCGAGCGAGCAAGGGGCUCCCAGGCCCCGGCGCGUGGUUUGCGCGCGCCCGGCCUGCGGGAGGCUGCGAGGAGGCUGCGUGAGCGCGCGGGGCGGGAGCAUCGGCCGCCGGCCGAAGUCUGAGCAGGAAACGCGUGGUGCUCGGAGAAAUUUCAACCAUUUAUUUGUGACUACUACAUACUACUGAAUGUUCAGUUGGUGAAAUUGAAGGUCUUUCACUCCGAAGAAAUAAAUCAAGAGGAAGAACCUGAGGCCCGUGCUCCUGAACUUCUGUGAAUGGCCCCAGCGCUCCCGAUCACUCUUCCGAGUAAGAUGUCCCUGAGAUCCCUCAAGUGGAGCCUCCUGCUGCUGUCGCUGCUGAGUUUCCUAGUGAUGUGGUACCUGAGCCUCCCCCACUACAACGUGAUCGAGCGCGUGAACUGGAUGUACUUCUACGAGUAUGAGCCCAUUUACAGACAAGACUUUCACUUCACACUUCGAGAGCACUCAAACUGCUCUCAUCAAAACCCGUUUCUUGUCAUCCUGGUGACCUCACACCCCGCAGAUGUGAAAGCUAGACAGGCCAUUAGAGUUACUUGGGGUGAAAAGAAGUCUUGGUGGGGAUAUGAAGUUCUGACGUUUUUCUUAUUAGGACAGCAGGCUGAAAGGGAAGACAAAGUGUUAGCCUUAUCCUUAGAGGAUGAGCACCUUCUUUAUGGUGACAUAAUACGGCAAGAUUUUUUAGACACAUACAAUAACCUGACCUUGAAAACGAUUAUGGCAUUUAGGUGGGUAACUGAAUUUUGCCCCAAUGCCAGGUACAUCAUGAAGACAGACACGGAUGUUUUCAUCAAUACUGGCAAUUUAGUGAAGUAUCUUUUAAAUUUAAACCACUCAGAAAAGUUUUUCACAGGUUAUCCUCUAAUUGAUAAUUAUUCCUAUAGAGGAUUUUACCAAAAAACCCAUAUUUCAUACCAGGAGUAUCCCUUCAAAGUGUUUCCCCCCUACUGCAGUGGGUUGGGUUAUAUAAUGUCCAGAGAUUUGGUGCCAAGGAUCUAUGAAAUGAUGAGUCACGUAAAACCCAUCAAGUUCGAAGAUGUCUAUGUUGGAAUCUGUUUGAAUUUAUUAAAAGUGGACAUUCAUAUUCCAGAAGACACAAACCUUUUCUUUUUAUAUAGGAUCCAUUUGGAUGUCUGUCAACUCAGACGUGUGAUUGCAGCCCAUGGCUUUUCUUCCAAGGAAAUUAUCACAUUUUGGCAGGUUAUGCUAAGGAACACCACAUGCCAUUAUUAACUUGACGUUCUACCCAAAGCCUAGAGAAGGGAGGGAUACUUUGUGAAAGUGUUAAAGUUAGUACUGUGAAAUCUCCAAUGGAAAACUCAUGGGAAGGUCACUGAGUCGCUUACAUGGAACUGAAACUCCUGAAGACCCCAUAGACUGGAAGCAAGGACUUGCACUUGACUGGUGGUUUAUUCUGACAGCGAUCGAGUAAGGCCUUUUAAAGAUGAUGUUCAGAGGAAUGAAACAUAAAGGAAUGGGAAGUUUUUGUUAAUAAAACUAAUAGGACCAAACUAUUCGAACAUGUCAUUCUGUAGGCUAGAAUUUCUUAAAAGGGUUUCACUGAAUUAUAAGCUCAUUUGUCCAUAACAACAAAGCAGUGUGGAGUAUUACUCAUUGAACAGUCUUGUCCGUUCAGGGUUUUGUGUAUAUCAUACCUGAAUUAGCAGUUUUUUAAGAUAUAUAGUUCUAUGUAAAAAAAAAAGUUGUACCAAACAAAAGUUCAUCUGUUUUUGGUCAUUCAGAAGAUAUUUCAAGCUGUUACAGUAUUUCAGAGUGCUCAAUUAUUAUUUAAUAUGACUUAAACUUUUAUACUUUUUUGGGUGUUUGAAUGUUCUGGUUGUUUCAAUAUUGUGUAAACAGAAUAGUGAAUCAUUCUUUAUAUUUAAACUUCUUUCCAGUUACUUCACUGAAGAGUUUAAUUAUUGAUAGCUCCAUCAGUGUGAAGACAUUGGUCAUUAUUGUAUAUCAGUAAUCUCUUAGACUUUGGUAAACAUUUUGUUGUGGUAAUAUAGAGAAGAAUUAAAACACAAAGAUCUGAAUUACUGUCUUGUUUUUAAAAAUAGAAUCCCCAGUGUUUUUAGACGUCACUUCAUCUGACUCAUUUUUCCACCUGGAAAUUAGGAGUGAUGUAGAAUGCCAGGUAAGCAUGUUUUCAUUUGGAAAGGACUCUGAAGCCAAAAAGAAAAGAGAGCAUGUGAUGGCCAUAAUAUUAUAAAAUGAGUGUCAUACUUCAGCACUUGAGUUGGAAAGAGAAGUCUAAAGAGUCGUGUUGUAUUGUUAACUGUUCCAUGUUUUUUCUCAUUAACAGUCAGUUUGAGAAUAAAAAGGAAAAAAAUACACUGCUGCUAUUGUUACUAGUUUCACAUCAAGAGGAAAGCUUUACUGUGUGGUCAAGAAUGAAGUCUGAUUUCCAUGUCA